UUCACCACAUCUUUGAACUUGAUCCCACAUUCCCACAUUCCCACAUUCCCACACCAAAAAACAACAACAUUUUCCAAUUUCAACAACAAAUAACCCUUGUAUUGCCACCUAGCUUAAGUUUCCCCUCCCUUGUUAUUCCCCAAAAGCCACCAUGCAAUAUUCUCCUCUUCUACUUGUUGUUUCUCCUACUAAUAAUCCUUUCUUAAUCUCACUUGUUCUGUUUUUAUUUUCUCUUGUAAUUCUCAUAACUCUUUCCCAAUUACUAUGCUAUUUUUAUCCCAAACACAAAAGACUACAACUUCCCCCUGGUUCUAUGGGUUGGCCUUAUCUUGGAGAGACUCUUAAGCUAUAUACCGAAAAUCCUAAUUCUUUCUUCUCUAAUAGGCAAAAAAGGUAUGGUGAUAUAUUUAAGACCCAUAUAUUGGGAUGUCCAUGUGUAAUGAUAUCAAGUCCUGAAGCGGCAAAGAUUGUGCUUGUAACUAAAGCGCAUCUCUUCAAACCAACUUAUCCACCUAGUAAGGAGAAGAUGAUUGGUCCUGAGGCCUUGUUCUUCCAUCAAGGAGACUACCAUUCUAAGCUCAAGAAGCUUGUUCAAUCCUCUUUUCUUCCUUGUACAUUAAAGGCUUCUGUCUCCGACAUCGAGAACAUUGUCCUUAACUUCCUCCCUACUUGGGAGAAUAACACCAUCAACACUCUACACGAAAUGAAGAAGUAUGCAUUCGACGUGGCGAUCAUCUCAGCGUUCGGUGACAACAAAGAGUUGGAGAUUGAAGGGAUCAAGAAUUUGUAUCAUUCCUUAGAGAAGGGAUACAAUUCUAUGCCCCUAAAUUUCCCUGGAACUCCUUUUCACAAAUCCAUGAAGGCAAGGAAGCUUCUAAAUGAGACCUUAAGGAAGCUUAUAGCAAGACGAAGGAAAAACAAUAACAUAGAUGGAGGAUUGUUAGGAGUGUUACUUGGAUCAAGAGAGCAGAAAACAGGAAAGAAUAAUGAGCUAAGUGAUUCUCAAAUUGCUGAUAAUGUAAUUGGAGUGAUAUUCGCAGCCCAUGAUACAACUGCUAGUGUCCUCACAUGGCUUCUCAAAUACUUGCACGAUAAUCACCAUCUUCUCCAAGCUGUCACGAAGGAACAAGGAGGAAUUAAGCAAAGACUAAUUGAAGCUAACCGUGGUCUUACAUGGGAGGACACUCGGAACAUGCCUUUAACGAGCCGGGUGAUUCAAGAGACACUAAGAACAGCAAGUAUACUAUCAUUUACAUUUAGGGAAGCAGUACAUGACGUUGAGUUUGAAGGCUAUUUGAUUCCCAAAGGGUGGAAAGUCCUACCCUUGUUUAGAAGCAUUCACCAUUGUGCAGAAUUCUUCCCACACCCUGAAAAGUUUGACCCUUCAAGAUUUGAGGUACCACCAAGACCUAACACAUACAUGCCAUUUGGUAAUGGAGUUCACUCUUGUCCAGGCAGUGAGCUAGCUAAGCUCGAAAUGCUCAUUUUUCUCCACCAUCUCACCACCACCUACAGGUGGGAAGUAGUAGGAGAUGAAGAUGGAAUUCAAUAUGGUCCAUUCCCAGUUCCAAAGCGUGGAUUUCCCAUAAUGGUGCACCCACAAAAGUGAAAUUACUUAGUUACCCUGAAAUGGAAAAAAAGUGUUUGAUGAGGGACCCCAAGCCAGUAACAACUACUCCGUAUCAAAGAAGGCAGCGUGCCCCAUUUUAAUUCUUAACCCAUAAUCCUGUUAACCCAUCUCACAUUUAGUUUUCCUUUUUAUUGGGAGGAUCAAUCUCACAUUCUCCCCUCAUAUUAGCUUAUUAGUGGUAGUUAAUGUAAGUAUGUAAUCCCUCAAUUCCUUUUUGUUUUCCCCGUAGAUGUAUGUUCACCUUAGUGAGUACAGUAUGUAUGUAAGUUUGUAAGAGGCGAAAAUGUAUUCGGAAAGGUUGAGAAAUUAAAGAUGAAUUCAGUUUGGGA